UGUCCUGGGAUUGCUUCCGGUGCGGUGUCCGCCCCCAGCAAUGGUGGCGGCAGCCCCAGCAGCGGCGGCGCUCGGCGGCCGAAGAGGCGCGUUGUGAUCGCGGCUGCUUCUGGUUGCCCGCGAGGGAGAGCCGAGCCGGGCGAGGAAAGGACGCCGAAGACCCGCUCUUGUCGGCCGGCCGGCUUGUUUCGGUUUCCGCCGAGGCAACGAUGGCGCCGGUGCAACUGGAAAGCCACCAGCUGGUCCCGGCGGGUGGAGGGCCCACCUCGGCCCCAGCUCCGCAGCCUCCGGGAACGGCGGCGGCGGCGGCCAGCGCUGGCUUCCGACUCAGCACCCUCAUCGAUUUCCUGCUGCAUCGCACUUACGCGGAGCUCACCGUUCUGGCCGACCUAUUACCAAGAAAAACAGAUAUGGAAAGAAAAAUAGAAAUAGUGCAGUUUGCAAGUCGCACACGGCAGCUGUUUGUCCGAUUGUUAGCCUUGGUAAAAUGGGCAAAUAACGCUGGAAAGGUGGAAAAAUGUGCGAUGAUAUCAAGCUUUCUUGAUCAACAAGCUAUUCUGUUCGUGGACACUGCUGAUCGUUUAGCAUCACUAGCCAGAGAUGCUUUGGUCCAUGCUCGUCUGCCCAGCUUUGCUAUUCCAUAUGCUAUUGACGUACUGACAACUGGGUCAUAUCCACGGCUGCCAACAUGUAUACGGGACAAAAUAAUUCCUCCUGAUCCAAUAACAAAAGUUGAGAAACAAACAACGCUCCAUCAGUUAAACCAGAUUCUUCGCCACCGACUGGUGACAACAGAUCUUCCUCCACAGCUGGCAAAUCUUACAGUUGCUAAUGGUCGUGUGAAGUUUCGUGUUGAGGGUGAAUUUGAGGCUACUUUGACAGUGAUGGGAGAUGAUCCUGAUGUCCCAUGGCGUCUUCUCAAACUGGAAAUUCUGGUUGAAGAUAAAGAGACUGGAGAUGGUCGAGCUUUAGUUCACAGUAUGCAGAUUAGCUUCAUCCAUCAGUUGGUCCAGUCCCGGCUCUUUGCUGAUGAGAAACCUCUGCAGGACAUGUACAACUGCCUACACUCCUUCUGCUUGUCACUGCAGUUGGAAGUUUUGCAUUCACAGACUUUAAUGCUGGUUCGAGAGCGCUGGGGUGAUCUUGUGCAAGUGGAGAGAUACCAUGCGGGCAAAUGCCUCUCUCUUUCUGUCUGGAACCAACAGGUGGUUGGGAGAAAAACAGGGACUGCAUCUCUUCAUAAGGUCACCAUUAAGAUAGAUGAGAAUGAUGUAUCAAAACCUUUGCAAAUUUCCCAUGAACCUCCCCUUCCAGCCUGUGAUUCCAAACUAAUUGAAAGGGCUAUGAAGAUAGACCACCUAUCAGUAGAGAAGCUUCUGAUAGACAGUGUCCAUGCAAGAGCUCAUCAGAAACUCCAGGAACUGAAAGCCAUUCUUAAGAAUUAUAAUGUCAAUGACAAUUCUUUUAUAGAAACGGCUCUCCCCACACUUGUCAUCCCUAUUCUGGAGCCAUGUGGUCGAUCCGAAUGUCUACACAUUUUUGUAGACCUUCAUUCUGGAAUGUUUCAACUAAUGCUUUAUGGGAUUGACCAGCAAACGCUGGAUGACAUAGAGAAAUCGGUCAAUGAUGACAUGAAACGCAUCAUUACGUGGCUCCAGCAGCUCAAGUUUUGGCUUGGACAGCAGCGUUGCAAACAAUCAAUAAAACAUUUGCCUACAGUCAGCAGCGAAACACUACAGCUAGCUAAUUACGCUAUGCACCCUGUGGGAAAUCUCUCCAAUCACAAACUCUUCAUCAAGCUCACCCGACUUCCACAGUACUACAUUGUAGUAGAGAUGUUUGACGUUCCCAACAACCCCACACAACUGGAAUACAAAUACUACUUUCUUUCUGUGAGCUAUGCUGAAGGAGAUGACAGCCCUGCCACUGCAGUUCUGCUGCAGCAAUUUAAACCAAAUAUUGAAGAGCUGGUUUUGGACACAAAAAGUGGGAAGCAAGCAAAAGGUGGCACAAAGCGCAAGUUGUCUGGUGAUCCGUGUCCUACUGAACCCAAGAAACCAAAGCGGUCUGGAGAAAUGUGUGCCUUCAAUAAAGUUCUAGCUCACAUUGUAGCAAUGUGCGAUACAAAUAUGCCAUUUAUAGGACUUCGUAUGGAGCUAUCCAAUAUGGAGAUCCCACAUCAAGGAGUCCAGGUUGAAGGAGAUGGCUUCAGUCAUGCUAUUCGUUUAUUAAAAAUUCCUCCAUGUAAGGGUACAAGUGAAGAAACCCAGAAGGCUCUAGACCGUUCCCUUCUCGAUUGCACUUUUCGACUGCAAGGUAGAAAUAACCGCACAUGGGUUGCUGAACUGGUGUUUGCAAAUUGCCCACUUAGUAAUAGCACUUCCUCCAGGGAGCAAGGACCUACCCGUCAUGUGUACCUGACAUAUGAAAGUCAAUUGUCUGAACCAGUUGGUGGACGAAAAGUAGUUGAGAUGUUCCUCAAUGACUGGAAUAGCAUUGCUCGCUUAUAUGAAUGUGUGUUGGAAUAUUUCAGAUCCUUACCAGAAAUACCCAGCCAUCUAAAAGUUUUCUCGGAGGUCCGAAUCUACAAUUAUCGGAAGCUAAUUCUUUGUUAUGGAACUACUAAAGGAAGUUCAAUCAGCAUUCAGUGGAACUCUGCACACCAGAAAUUCCACAUAUCAUUAGGAACAGUUGGACCAAACUCAGGUUGCAGUAACUGUCAUAAUACGAUCCUGCAUCAGCUCCAAGAGAUGUUCAAUAAAUCACCAAAUGUAGUCCAACUUUUACAGGUUUUGUAUGAUACUCAGGCUCCAUUAAAUGCUAUCAAUAAGCUCCCAACUGUGCCAAUGCUGGGACUGACACAACGCACCAACACUGCCUACCAAUGUUUUUCAAUUCUGCCUCAGUCACCCACACACAUCAGGCUGGCCUUUCGGAACAUGUACUGCAUUGACAUUUACUGUCAAAGCCGUGGGGUGGUGGCAAUUCGCGAUGGAGCAUACAGCCUUUUUGACAACAGUAAAAUUGUGGAAGGCUUUUACCCUGCACCAGGACUAAAGACAUUCCUGAACAUGUUUGUUGACAGCAAUCAGGAUGCACGAAGACGAUCUGUCAAUGAAGAUGAUAACCCACCAUCUCCUAUUGGAGGGGACAUGAUGGAUUCAUUGAUAUCACAGCUUCAGCCACAGCCGCAGGUUUCUUCAAAACAGACAGGAGCACCAGGGGCUUACCCAUUGACAUCACCCCCUACAUCUUAUCACAGUACAGUCACCCCGUCACCUUCCAUGAUGCACACGCAGUCCCCAGGAACGCUACAUCCUGCAAACUCUCCGAGCGGUGCAUUAAGAGCACCGUCACCAGCAUCAUUUGGUCCAACUCCUUCUCCUUCAUCUCUUGGAAUCACAAUGGGACAAAAUACGAACUAUGCUAGCCCACAUGGUCCUAUAGAUCCUACUUCACCGUACACAAUGAUGUCUCCAAGCCAGCGUCCAGGGAAUUGGCCAGGCUCGCCCCAGGUCUCUGGUCCCUCUCCAGGAGCACGCAUGCCUGGAAUGUCACCAGCGAACCCUUCUUUACAUUCUCCAGUACCAGAUGCUUCCCAUUCCCCAAGAGCGGGAACAAGUUCCCAAGUAAUGCCAACAAAUAUGCCGCCACCUCGUAAACUACCUCAUCGCUCUUGGGCUGCAUCCAUACCCACAAUUCUCACUCACAGUGCCUUGAACAUUCUUCUUCUGCCCUCUCCCACCCCUGGGCUUAUGCCGGGGCUGGCCGGAAGCUAUCUCUGCUCUCCACUUGAACGUUUCCUUGGAUCAGUUAUCAUGAGAAGACAUCUCCAAAGGAUUAUCCAGCAGGAGCCGCUACAGCUUAUGAACUCCAAUGAACCAGGUGUAAUAAUGUUCAAGACAGAUGCCCUGAAAUGUAGAGUUGCCCUCAACCCUAAAACUAACCAGACCUUGCAGCUAAAAGUAGCACCUGAAACUGCAGGGCAGUGGAAACAAGAAGAACUGCAGGUUUUGGAGAAAUUCUUUGAAACCAGAGUUGCAGGACCACCCUUCAAAUCCAAUACUCUAAUAGCCUUUACAAAGCUGUUAGGGGCACCUCCACACAUUCUCCGGGACUGUGUACACAUUAUGAAACUAGAGCUGUUUCCCGAUCAGGCCAGCCAGCUGAAAUGGAAUGUACAGUUUUGUUUGACAAUUCCUCCAAGUGCUCCACCAAUUGCUCCUCCAGGAACACCGGCCGUUGUGCUGAAAUCCAAAAUGUUGUUCUUUCUUCAGCUAACACAGAAGACUACAGUUUCACAGGAAGCCAUGAGCAUAAUAGUCCCCAUCAUUUAUGAUAUGGCUUCAGGUACGACACAACAGGCAGACAUCCCCAGACAGCAGAACUCUUCAGUUGCUGCUCCCUUGAUGGUUAGCAAUAUUCUAAAGAGGUUUGCAGAACUGAAUUCGCCACGACCAGGUGAAUGUACAAUCUUUGCAGCUGUUCGUGAUUUAAUGGCUAACCUUACACUGCCCCCUGGUGGGCGUCCAUAGGCUAUUUUUAAGCAAAGGGUAAAAAUGAGAUGAAGAGGCAAAAACAUUUCUCUGAAAUAAGCCUUCACUUAUAUAAAAUGGAAGAGACAUUUUCACGUGUCACAUUUUAAAAAGAGCUAAUACAAUGGAUUGGCCCACUUUCAGGGAUGCACUUUCAUCAGACUUUUUGUACAGCACUCUGUAUGAUGUUUUACGGAGACAUUUCAAAGUCGUAAUAGAUUUAUGUAUCCGCUUGCCAGUAAAUAGAGUUAAUAUUCUGUUUUAUACUACAAAGAUUAUGAAAAUGCCAAAAUUUGUUUAUUUAAAUGUUUUUUCUUAUGUCUUGGUGUAAUAGUCUUUUUUUAAAGGCAGGUCUGUCAUUUUUUGAAUACUGUAAAACUGUGACAAACUUUAUAUUGAAACUGUAUUUUAAUAUGACUGCUUUGAAUCCUUACAUUUAAAUCUGGGCUUGUUGUAAACAUGUCCCCCCAAAAGCAAUAUUUAAUAAACUAGAUUUAAAAAAAAAUGUUUCUGUG